AUGGAGGGCGACGACCGGAGCGCCCCGCUGCUGGCCAACGGCGCCGGACGGCCGUCGCUCCGGCGGCGCGACUCGGCGCGGUCGCUGCGCAGCAGCUUCCUGCGCCGGCUGCCGGACAAGAUGCGCACCGAGCUGGACCCCGAGCGCGGCGCCGACGUCGACGUCGCCCGCGUCAAGGACCUCUCCCAAGGUGAGAGGGAGUACUACAGGAAGCAGCUCGCCGCGCUGAGGACCUUCGAGGAGGUGGAGGCCCUGUGCAUGCCCGGCGAGUUCGGCUCGGACGACGAUGGCGACCCCGACGCCGACGACGCCGACGACGAGGAGCAGAAGCAGAGCGAGUUCGCCAUGAAGAUAUCCAACUACGCCAACAUCGUCCUCCUGGCCUUCAAGGUGUAUGCCACGAUCAGGACGGGGUCCAUGGCGAUCGCGGCGUCCACGCUGGACUCGCUGCUGGACCUGAUGGCCGGCGGCAUCCUCUGGUUCACGCACCUCUCCAUGAAGAAGGUGAACAUCUACAAGUACCCCAUCGGCAAGCUGCGCGUCCAGCCGGUGGGGAUCAUCGUCUUCGCCGCCAUCAUGGCCACUCUAGGUGCGAAGCUUCCAGGUCCUGGUGCAGGCGAUCGAGCAGCUGGUGGAGAACGAGCCCGGCGACAAGCUGACCUCGGAGCAGCUGACAUGGCUCUACUCCAUCAUGCUCUCGGCCACCGCCGUCAAGCUCGCCCUCUGGUUCUACUGCAGGAGCUCGGGGAACAGCAUCGUCCGGGCGUACGCCAAGAAUUUUUGCCUUGUGCCGUCCAGGACCACUACUUCGAUGUGAUCACCAACGUCGUCGGCCUGGUGGCCGCCGUCCUGGGAGACAGGUUCCUGUGGUGGAUCGACCCCGCCGGGGCCGUGCUCCUCGCCGUGUACACCAUUGCGAACUGGUCCGGGACCGUGCUUGAGCAAGCAGUCUCGCUGGUGGGGCGGAGCGCGCCGCCGGAGAUGCUGCAGAUGCUGACCUACCUCGCCAUGAAGCACGACGCGCGCGUGCAGCGGGUCGACACGGUCCGGGCCUACAGCUUCGGCGCCCUCUACUUCGUCGAGGUCGACAUCGAGCUCUCGGAGGACAUGCGGCUGCGGGAGGCGCACGCCAUCGGGGAGUCGCUGCAGGAGAGGAUCGAGAAGCUGCCGGAAGUGGAGCGGGCGUUUGUCCAUGCGGACUUCGAGAGCACCCAUAAGCCGGAGCACACGGUCCGGAGCAGGCUGCCGGCGACCGAGCCCUGA